GGAAGUUCAAACGUCACGUUUCAAUCAGCCGAAACUGUGGACUCUCGAGAAGUAUUACAUGUAACGGCCCUGCUGUUUGGCAGCCUGCUGGGGUCCGACUUCCCCGGGGAGUGAAACAAUAGCGAUGAAUAGGAAAUAACAGUCCUCUGUAAUGUUCAUGUUGUUUUUUUUUUUUUGUCGUGGCAAAAAUGUUGACGUCGCUCCUUAUUUCCUCUUUAACGUUACUGUUUCCAGUGGGUCACGCAUCGCUCCCUCUUGUUAUCAAUACGUGGCCAUUUAAAGACGCGACGGCUGCAGCGUGGAGUGCCCUGCGGUCCGGUGGCUCAGUGUUGGAUGCGGUGGAGAAGGGCUGUGCCCGCUGCGAAAUAGAGCAGUGCGACGGCAGUGUAGGCUAUGGCGGGAGCCCAGAUGAGUCUGGAGAGACCACGCUGGAUGCCAUGAUCAUUAAUGGGGAUACAAUGGAGGUAGGUGCAGUUGCAGCCCUGAGAAGAAUCAAGAACGCCAUUGGAGUAGCAAGGGCUGUGAUGGAGUACACUGAUCACACACUGCUGGUGGGAGAGUCAGCUUCUGUGUUUGCUGAAAACAUGGGUUUCAUUGCAGAAGACCUGACUACCAACAAAUCUGUGAAUAUUUUCUCACAGUGGCUGAAGGGCAGCUGCCAACCUAAUUAUCGAAAGAAUGUAUUUCCAGAUCCUUCCAAGUCCUGUGGACCCUACAAGCCCAGGGCGACACUGACACAGAAGAAGAGGGCACAGCAUGCUAAUACACACUCCCAUGACACCAUAGGGAUGGUUGCUCUUGAUGAAGAGGGUCACAUUGCUGCUGGUACAUCAACCAAUGGACUAACACACAAAGUUCCAGGUCGUGUUGGGGACUCUCCUAUAGUCGGAGCAGGGGCUUAUGCAGACAGCUCGGCUGGUGGUGCUGCCGCUACCGGAGAUGGAGACAUCAUGAUGCGCUUUCUACCAAGUUACUUGGCUGUGGAAUUGAUGAGGGCCGGGGCAGAUCCCUCGGCAGCCUGCAAGAAGGUUAUUUCCAGAAUCAAGAGGCAUUACUCGGAGUUCUUUGGAGCCAUCAUCUGUGCUAACACAACAGGCCAUUAUGGUGCAGCCUGCAACAAAGUCCCUGGCUUCUCCCAGUUUCACUACAUGGUGUCAAACUCCGAAUCAAGCACACCCCUCCUGAAAUCUGUGGACUGCUUUUAAAUGGUUUAUGGUUGUGUGCAUCUCAACAGUCUUCAUGCUGUAUUUUAAUGCUGAUGGUUUUGGUUUUCAGUUCAUAAAUAAAAUAUAACUAGUAAAAGGAAAACAUGCAUUUGUCACCUGAAAUUUU